GGGCCUGUUGCUAGGGAGGGAGGCGGGGCUAGUGGCUUUGGGGAAGGGUCCCGCAGGUUUGAAGGAAGGAAAGGAAGCGGGCAGUGGUUAAGUGGGUGUGGGCAGAGCGGUUCCGUGUCAUGGGGGGGCGCCGGGCUCCCCUAAAACGCCACCUUCUCAGCAGACCCCCAGGAGUCGACCCUCCAGGACACCAGAGCUCCUUCCGCGGUGACCCUCCCCUACCCGCAACACACGCUCCCCUUCUCCACAAGCAGCCCAUGGCGGACCAAGGCUCGGGGGGCAGCCGCCUCCCCCUGGCGCUGCAGGCCCUGCAGAUGGCCAUCACGGCGGGCUCUGACGAGCCGGACCCCCCUCCGGAACCCAUGAGUGAGGAGAGGCGCCAGUGGCUGCAGGAGGCCAUGUCGGCCGCCUGCCGGGGCCAGCGGGAGGAGGUGGAGCAGAUGAAGAACUGCCUCCGAGUGCUGUCCCAGCCCACGCCCCCCUCCGCCGGCGAGGCUGAGCUGGCCGUCGACCAGCACUGGGGGGGAGGGCUUCAAGGAAUGGAUUUGGCACAGCUCAGCCGUAACACUGGCUCCCCCCCUCUCUGCGGCACAGACUUCUGCCAGCUGUCGGGCAUGCACCUGCUGGUGGGCCGGUACCUGGAGGCGGGGCCCGCGGGGCUGCGGUGGCGGGCGGCCCAGCUCAUUGGCACGUGCAGCCAGAACGUGGCGGCCAUCCAGGAGCAGGUGCUGGGCCUGGGCGCCCUGCGCAAGCUGCUGCGGCUGCUCGACCGGGACCCCUGCGACUCGGUGCGCGUCAAGGCCCUCUUCGCCAUCUCCUGCCUCGUCCGGGAGCAGGAGGCUGGGUUGCUGCAGUUCCUCCGGCUGGACGGCUUCUCGGUGUUGAUGCGGGCCAUGCAGCAGCAGGUGCAAAAGCUCAAGGUCAAGUCAGCCUUCCUGCUGCAGAACCUGCUGGUGGGCCACCCAGAACACAAAGGGACGCUGUGCUCCAUGGGGAUGGUCCAGCAGCUGGUGGCCCUCGUCCGGACAGAACACAGCCCCUUCCACGAGCACGUGCUUGGAGCCCUGUGCAGCCUGGUGACGGACUUCCCCCAGGGCGUGCGGGAGUGCCGGGAGCCGGAGCUGGGCCUGGAGGAGCUGCUCCGGCACCGCUGCCAGCUGCUGCAGCAGCACGAGGAGUACCAGGAGGAGCUGGAGUUCUGCGAAAAGCUGCUACAGACCUGCUUCUCCAGCCCCACGGACGACAGCAUGGAUCGGUGAACCCGGCGCUUCCGGCCCCCCCUCCGUGGGAACCCUAGGCCUCUCGCCUCCCGGCCACGGGGCCCUCUCCCAAGGGAGAGCAGGGCCUGCUGGUGCCGGGCCACCGCCGUGCCAGCCCGUCUCUGCUCAGCCCCCUGGAGGGGCCCUGGGAAAGGCA